AGCUCGCUUGCCGGAGCUGUUGACUGGGUGUUGGAGUGUGUGAGAGCUUCUCGAGCCGCUGUGUGAAAAAGAAUAAAAGGGGGACAUUGCUUUUUUUUUAAGCCUUUUUUUUCCUUCUUUUUUCUCAAAGUGCCAAAUCCAGCUCCCUUGGUGAAGGCAGAACUUGUCUGAAGCCCUUCCUGGGAUUGUAAAGAGGACCCAGGGACGACAGCGUGCCGCCAGCAUCUGCCUGGCUGCCCAGCAUCGCCACAAUGAAUGAGAGUCGAAGGGAAGCACUGGCGGCGGCGCCGCCCGAGCCCACCACCGCCUCCUCCUCCACGGCCACCUCCAACACCACCAACAUGGCCGGCCCAGGCACCGGCGAGAAGGACGAGGCCUUUUCCAAACUGAAGGACAAGUUCAUGAAUGAGCUGAACAAAAUCCCAUUGCCAUCAUGGGCCAUUGUCUCCAUCGCCUUUGUGGCUAUCAUUCUGGUGUUAGCAUGCUGCUUCUGCAUCUGCAAAAAAUGGAUAUUCAAGAAGAAAAACAAAAAGAAGGGCAAAGACAAGGGCAAGAAUGCCAUCAACAUGAUGGACGUCAAAGAUGGAGCCAAAACCGAGGAUGAGGAGGAUGCGGAGACAGGGCUGACUGAAACGGAGAAAGAGGCAGAGCCCAAGGAGGACCAGAAACUGGGCAAAUUACAGUACUCCCUGGAUUACAAUUUCACAGAGAAUACGCUCAUGGUGGGGAUCAUCCAGGCCGCAGAGCUGCCAGCUAUGGACAUGGGCGGCACCUCUGACCCGUACGUAAAGGUCUACCUGCUGCCUGACAAGAAGAAGAAGUUUGAGACAAAGGUCCACAGGAAGACCCUCAACCCCGUCUUCAAUGAGCAGUUCACUUUCAAGGUCCCCUACGUGGAGCUCGGUGGAAAGACGCUGGUCAUGACGGUGUACGACUUUGACCGCUUCUCCAAACACGAUGCCAUCGGCGACAUCAAGGUGCCCAUGAACAAGGUGGACUUCAGCCACGUAACAGAGGAGUGGCGGGAUCUGCAGAGCGCUGAGAAGGAGGAGCAAGAGAAGCUGGGCGAUAUCUGCUUCUCUCUGCGAUAUGUACCCACUGCUGGCAAGUUGACCGUGGUCAUCCUGGAGGCCAAAAACCUGAAGAAAAUGGACGUGGGAGGCUUGUCAGAUCCAUAUGUGAAGAUCCACCUGAUGCAAAACGGCAAGAGACUGAAGAAGAAGAAGACGACAAUCAAGAAGAACACCCUCAACCCUUACUACAACGAGUCCUUUAGCUUUGAAGUCCCGUUUGAACAAAUCCAGAAAGUGCAAGUUGUUAUAACUGUUCUGGACUAUGACAAGAUCGGCAAGAACGAUGCCAUCGGCAAGGUCUUUGUGGGCCUCAACAGCUCAGGGACGGAGCUGCGCCACUGGUCCGACAUGCUGGCCAACCCAAGGAGACCCAUCGCCCAGUGGCACGUGCUGAAGCCCGAGGAAGAGGUGGACGCUCAGCUCUCCACCAAGAAAUAGGCAGGGCCCUUUCAGCACCUGCCUUGUAGUACUCUUUAGCCAGUAUGUGUAAAUACCUCAGUGAUAUAUGGGUCCAUCCAUGUUACCCCCCCCGCCCCCUUACCUUCCCCAGCUUUACCUCCUGAUAUCACAAACAGUCCUAAUUGUUCAAAUUUCCUGCGACAUCUCGGCUUUUUUUUUUUUUUUUUAUCAGGUUCUCUAUUUUUCUCGCUGUUUGUUUUGUUCCUCUCUGAUUUCUUGUUUUUCCAUCUCCGUGCCCUUAACCGCCCCGACCAAAUGCCCCCUUCUUUUAAGCAAUAUGAUCUGUAUAGAUAGCGCAUGACUGAAAGAAUUUAUUGUACCAGUUGUAUAUAUAAGUAUGCAGACAAAAAUGAUUUCUAGUUUAUGUGUUUGUAUGUUGUUACCCGUUUCCUAAUCUGUGUAUAUCUUGAUGUUUUUAAUAAGAUGUUCUAUUUUAAAUUAUGUAAAUGCAGAUAUAGAGGAAAGCCAAUAUUAUAUAUCCCAGGAUUUAAAAAUUCUACCUUAUUACCUUAUUGCAUUCCAGAUAUUUAAAAAAAAAAUCCAACCUGCAAGACACUAGUGGAAAUAUAUUCACAUUGUAAAGGACGAUGUCUGGCUUUAAGUUCAGCAAAGGAUCAUCACAGAAAAGACAGAUGAAUAUAUAUACACACAAAACUCCAAAACACAAGGCCAUUAACUACUAUGGUUCUGAGGGUAAAAUUAUGCUGCUGGAAUUAUACAAGCACAUGAUUUCUUACGACUUUUUGUACUUGUUUCUCAAUCAGAGGACCUAUGUGUUUAGCUUGAUGCACACUGUUACCAGAAACAAUAGUUAAUGCAAACCAGUUCGCUUUUUUUUUUUUCUUCAUGUUUUGCAGUUUAAGUGAAAUAGGUCCUCGUUUAAAAGGCCAUUGUUCACUUAUGCUGGCUCAUUUUUCCUUUUCCAAGAAAACCCAGAAAAUAUUGCCUCCGAAAACCAAGACUCAUUUCUCAACCCUUCCAAAACAGACCCCAUGUGAAAAAAAAGCACCAAGCUGUAGCCAUUGUGUCCUUAAGCUCGAUAUUUUGUUUACUUUGAACAGCCUUGUCGUUGUUGGAAGUAUCUCGCAUUUAGGCCGGGGUCCGAUCUUUGAAAGGGAGUUUAAAAAAAGAAAAAAGAAAAAAAAAAAGAGUCGUGACUCUGGUUUUAAGAGGACUAUUUUUAGAGCAAUUCAACGUCUUGACUAUUUUUCGUAAACUGCAUGAUUUUUUUUACAAUCUUUACUAAAGGCUGGGACAUUGGGGUGGGAGAUCUACUGACACCAGGGGCUGUCUCUUCUGAAACGAUCCCCUUGCCUUCAAUCAGAGGAGAGUAAACUUUUGGUCAAUGUAUGUGAAUAUAUUGACGGAGGCGAAGCGAGUUUCUAAACACUGCCAUUUUCCAGAGGUGACUUGUGUAAAGACCCUCUCUUCAUGCACACUCCCACUUGCUAGUGGUUGUAGCUUUUGGUUUAUUGGGAACAAUGUCUUUGGCUGCAAUGGUGCCCUGAAUCGCAGUCUUUGCUUUGCGUUGCCUUCUCACAGUGACAAUAGAGCUAGCCAUGUUUUACUGCCAAUUUUAACUUUUAUGUGGCUGCUGUUUUGCACUGGAUGUCUUUGAAUUAGCUUGUUUACUUCUUUAGGAACAAUUCUUUGGACGAUUGUUGGGCUUUAUUUCAGGACACCUGCAGGGGGAUUAGAAAUCCGCCUGUUUGAUCGGCUUAAAAAAUAAAGAAAGCAAUGAUGACAAAUCACGUUUUAGCCAACACAUCAGUUUUAUUUUCUUGUUGGCACCGGAUUACACCAAGAGAAUGCGAAAUAACCGUAAAGUUAAUGGUCUGCGUAGGCUAUUUAGUCCAUCAUGUCCUUUACUACGGGUCCAAUUAGCAAAGGAAUCAGUUUUAAUCCAUGAAAACCAUGAAGUCUCUUAUCUUGGAGGAACCUCUUGCAUAUACUCGAACUUCAGGAGGACUUUCUAAAUGUUUUCAAUGUUAUUGUGUAGUUGAUAGCACUAUUAUGAAAAAGCUACUUGUCAUUCCAUAGGAGUCUCUGAGGACUGCUUUGUGUAUCACUGUGACUGCCGUGUGUGCUUAGAGAUGUAGACUUAUCAGUAGGUAGCGAAACCAGUUUGUUCUGUAGUGAUGUCGUAGCGUUAAAUGCCAUUUUCCCUUCUACACGCAAAGAAAGAAAGAGAGGACGAGAGUGCGCGUGGUGAGAAAAAAAGGCCGGAAAGACGUUUUCCUGAGCGAGUUGCUUCACACAGCAUUUUGUUGAGCACUGUGCAAUACUUGUAUGUUCAUCCCAUAGUGUUACCGUGGGUGGUGUUGCCCGAGAAAAAAACAACAGAUUCUAACCCUUGAGGAUGAUUCCAGUCCAGAGAGAUGUUUCUCCUUUCCAGUGAAAUGGUUAGGACACAGCACACGUAGAUUACAGGUCCGAGCUUGCCGACCUCUGUUUAGGGUUCCCUCCCUUUUCGCAGGUUUUUUCUCUUCUUGCACACAGUUCCAGCAUCAGACGUUUCAGGGAGUAUUAGUUAAAUACCAAACGAGAUUCUACAUUUAAAUAUCCCCUUAAAAUGCCAUGUAUAUAUUUACAUAAUCGUGUCAAAAAAUGUAUAUCUAGAAUAAAUAUAAAGUGACAUGAAUACGCAGAUUUCACUCUAUCAUCCAUAUACUAUAUUCCAUCCUCAUUAUUUCAUUUUUUUUAUCUGUUAACUACCCUGUUGAUUUAAAAGACCCCUUUUAUAUUUGAGAUGAAAACUCUGAAUGUACAGUAUGGACCGUGUUGGUGUAGAUUAAUCGUGAGAUUAGAUGUACUUUGCACUUUUUGUUGUAAAAGACAAAAAAAUAUCCCUUUUAUUUAUAUUUUUUGAACUAUUAGGAAUUUAUUUCAUAACCCUUUGUGGUAAAAUCUCCCUUGUCUGCAUUACAAAAUCACUGAAUAUACUUUAAUACAGCUGCACUUCGAAUCCCUCCAAGGGAUUAUUUUAUUUGACAUGUUUUACAUAUGUAGAUUCAUGAAUUCCAGUACAGCUUCAGAUUUAAAUGAAAAAAAAGGAUUAAAAGUUAAAGGCAAAAAUGGCCCAAACAAUUUGAUAUUUAAGCAAAAAGGUUGUACGAACAGAAUUAUCUGAUUGAAGCUGACAGAAAAAUCUGAAUUUAAAUGUAUAGAUGAAAUUCAGUAAGAGGCAGCAUUGCAGAUUGGAUUUGCAGUGUGUGUGGGAAAAAAACACCAGUGUUCACAUGGUCAUGAAAAACCUGGAAAAGUUUUGGAAAAGUCUGAGAUGUCAUGGAAAUUUGAUUCAUAAAGCUGUAUAACAACACAAUGUAUUCAAGGGCCGCCAGAAUUGCGAAAA